AUGAAAUUGACACUGCAAGUGGUCCUGUCAUUUGUUCGAAACGAUUGGCCUGAACAUCGAAAGAAUUGCAAUGCGGCAACCAAGUUGUUUUGGCAACACAGACAUGACCUCAGUGAGUGCAAUGGCUUGAUACUCAAAGGCGAACAAAUCGUGGUUCCUGCAUCCCUACAGUCUGAUGUUCUUAGACAAAUUCAUGACGGCCAUUUAGGCAUCUCCAAGUGCAUCGAAAGAGCCAAGUUAACGGUAUACUUGCCUCGUUACACGGAUCAAGUGACAAAUCUGGUGGAAGGGUGUGAUAAAUGUCAGGAACAUAGGCAUCAAAAUCCAGCACAGCCAUCAUAUCCGGUUCCGAUUCCGGAAUAUCCAUUUCAGAAAGUUGCCGCUGAUUUAUACGAAAUUCGUGGAGUUCAUUAUUUGUUGGUCGUAGAUUACUUUAGUAAACGGCCUUGUGCAGUGCCUCUGAAAACUAUCACUAGUGCGUCAGUGAUUACUGAACUCAAGCGUUUCUUCAUUGAUUUUGGUGUCCCGGAGCAACUUGUGUCGGAUAACGGGAAACAAUUUGACUCCGCGGAGUUUCGUCAGUUCUGCAACGCUUUAAAUAUUCGGUCUACAACCUCCAGCUCUGAAUACCCUCGCUCCUAUGGAUUAGUGGAAAGGAUGGUACAAACGGUGAAAGAGUCUUUUAUCAAAUCUCAAAGUGAAGGAAAGACCCUAUUAGAUACAUUGCAAGUUCUUCGCUCCACUCCUCUCGGGAACGGAUUACCUACUCCAGCUGUCAUUCUGCAACGAAGAAAUCUCAGAGCGGAUUAUUGCUCACACCCCAACAGCUAA